CUUUUCCUCCUUCUGCAAGGGGAAAAACCAGAUUUAUUAAAGGUUUGACCAAAAGCCAAGGUUGCUUAUAAAAAACAAAAAUAAACAAAACAACUAACAUGUAGUUCUUUUCUUCGAAUUCUAAACAAAAUAUAGAAUCCAUUUACUUAAAUGGCGACCCAAAUAGAAUUAAUGUAUAUCAAACAAUGCGGUUAAAGGCUGUAAAUUGAGUUUCUAUUUAAAACCACAAAACUGCGUCUGAAUGUACCCAAUUAAAAAGUAGAUAUGUCGAAAUAUAUUUCAGUAAAGCACCGAACGGGUAUCAGUACACAUGUUGAGCAAAAUGAAAUCGAGCCUUGUUGUGUUUCUUUUAUGGAUUUUGCAGUUCCAAAUGGGUCAGAGUUCACCACACACCUGUCCUAGUGGCAUUCCAGAUGGAAUUUACCAGCUGAAACUGCCAGGAGAAGAACCUUUUCAAGUGACCCAGUGCAAGACGACCACAAGAGAUUGGAUUGUCAUUCAAAGACGCCUGGAUGGAAGUAUUAACUUCAACCAAUCUUGGAUUAAUUACAAGGAUGGAUUUGGCAAUCCUAAUGGAGAAUUCUUUAUCGGUCUCCAGAAGCUUUAUCUGAUGACUAGAGAACAACCACACGAACUUUUCAUUCAGUUGAAGCAUGGCACCGGCGCUACAGAAUACGCGCACUUUGAUGACUUUCAAGUGGGCAGUGAAACUGAGUUAUAUAAACUGGAACGGGUGGGACAAUAUUCUGGAACAGCUGGGGACUCCCUUAAAUACCACAUAAACAAAAGGUUCUCUACUUUUGAUCGUGAUAAUGACGAGUCUAGUAAGAAUUGUGCAGCCCACCAUGGCGGUGGUUGGUGGUUUCACUCUUGUUUGUCAAGCUCGCUAAAUGGACUUUAUUUUAGAGAAGGGGAAACCGUCAUCCUUAAUGGCAUUCACUGGGGUCGCUGGAAAUUCCACUCCUUGACUUUUGUUCAAAUGAUGAUAAGACCAAAAUUCUUUUAGAUUAACGUUUAAAUAAAAAUUCUAAAAAAUU